ACGUAGUCAAUUUAAACCACCUUAACUCUAUAAACUAUUACAAAUAAUAAAAGAUAUAUUUUUUUUUUGUUAAUUGUGGUUUUAGAUAUAAUUUGAUAAAUAUAAUUUAUUAUAAUAUAAUUAAAAUAACUCUAAGGAUGUAAGUGGUGCAAUGGAAAAAGUUGUAAAUAAAAAACCACUAUGGCAAAAGUGUAGUUUAUGCCAUGACACCAAUUUUACAAAAUUAGAUCAAUUUGAACGGCACAGAAUAAGACAAGUAGAUGAAGAAUUAGUAACAAAAUCUUUAUCAGUUUUAAAAAAUAUUACUACAAUAAAUAAUCACAACAAUAUAACAGAAAAGUUAAAAUUAAUGGCUACUGUUUAUCACACUCAAACAACAAUACAAGUUUUACUUUCGGCUACUGACUAUGUCGCUGCCUUAGACUUAAUUUAUACAACUAAAGAUCUCCUGUCUAAAGAACUUUCAGGUGUCCAUUGUUUUAGGCAUCUAACUUCAGAGUUAAAUGAAAUUAUUAAAAUGAUUGAUGCUGUAAUGGCAGGUGAAUUUGAAAAAUGUUCAUCUGCAGAUUUGAAUAGACCAUUAGUAAAUGAUAACACAGAAGUCUUAGAAAAAGAUAAAUUUUUUUCAAUACUCAUGGGGAUGAUGCGACGUAAAAAUUGGGCUUUUCUUGAAGCCUAUAAUAAAGAAUGUAUUGCAGCAAUUAGUGCUUCAAUAAAGAAAAGCGUAAUUGAUACAGUUUCUAAUAGUGAUAUAGAUCACCAGGUCAAUCAGACUUCUAGUUUAGAAAAUUAUUUACAUUGUUUAAGUGCCAAUGAAUGGCUUGAAAUGUUAGAAAAUUGUUCGCAUGCGUUGUCUAUACUACUAUUAAGAAUAAAAGCUGGUUAUGACAUUAUGCAACAUGCUGCUAAUGUAAGUUCCAACAAAAUUUUCCAUGUUGAAGAUUCUUUAAAUUGUAUGGGAGAAUCUUUAUAUGAAUCGAUUUUGAGUGAAGAAGACUACAAAAAAGUUAAAAGCAAAUUAAUUAAUUUAUUGAACUCAGUUACCAAAUAUACUAUUGAAAAAUAUGCUCAAUUAGUUACUAAGCAUUCAAAUGCUAAUGCUGAAGCGGAAAAUGAUAAUGGAAAUUCAGUACAUUUUGAUGAAGAAGACUCUAACAAUUGUUUGGCUGAUCAAAAACAACUGUUACGUUUAAAUGAGUGUAUAAGAACUUUAAGUAAUAGUUACAUAAAAGUGUGCUCUAAUCAAGAUGUAGGAUAUAAAAUUCUACAAACUGCAAUGCAAUCAGAGGCUAGUAGAUUCGUUAAAAAAUAUCACACUGAAAAAAUUAACAAAUUAAAAUUAAUUUUGGAUGCUGAACAUUGGCGACAAAUAGAUGUUCCUUUAGAAUUUCAAAAAUUAGUUGAAUAUAUACAAAAUACAGGUAAAUUUUCAGGGCUACAACCAUUAUCUCCCAAUAAAAAUAUUAAACCUAAUAAUGCAUUAAUUGUAAAUGGGGAAAAAUUUGCAAUGGUAGGAACAGUAUUAAUUUUAUUCAGAAUGACAAGUGACUACUGUUGUAAAGCUGAUGAUAUAAAUAUUGCAGCUUAUAUUUUAUUACGAUGUAUGUGUGACUUACUACGAGAGUAUAAUUCUAGAUCGAAAUAUUUAGUACUUCAAGCUAAAGCAAUAUCAAAUAAAACUGGUCUAAAAAAAAUCACUUGUAUAAAUUUGGUAUUGUCUCUUAGAGCAUUACAUUUAAUACUUUGGCUAAUGCCUCACUUGCAAACCCAUUUUUGUAAAUAUUUAGAAGAAUCUCAAGUUACUACCCAAAUAAACCGAGUUGUAAAUGAAAUUAAUAAACAUUUAUCAGAAAUUGAAGAAAAGUUAUUAGAUAUUGUAAAACACAUUAUUAUAAAUGAAAUGAAUUCUUGGGAAGCAAAACCUCCAAUUCCAUCAAAAUCAUUUCAAAAUAUCUGCAAACAUAUUUGUAAAUUACAUGAUGCCAUUGCAAGUAUAUUACCUAAACUUCAUGUUGAAAUUCUCUAUAGAAGAAUACAUUUAAUAUUUAAGAAUAUUUUACAUGACUGCAUUAAUAAAAUGGAUAAAUCCAAUGAUGCUGGGCCUUUACGUGGAAUUGUAUCAUCUGAAUUAAUGUUUUAUAUAAAAUCAUUGGAAAGCAUCGAUGCUUUACCGAAAGAAGAGAUAUCAUUACAUAAAAUGAAUGAUAUAUGGUAAAGAAAGACUCAUUUAGUGGUUAUUUUUAUAUCUUAUAAUUAAUAAUUAUUUUUUAUUUUUAAUUACUUUUAAAAUAGUUUUUUUUAAUAAUUUUAUUUCAAAUCUUCAAUUAAGAAGUAAAAUCAUUAAAAACGAAAAGUAUUUUUAAUUUUUAGCUUAUAUUGGUGUUUUAUUUUUGUAUAUGUGUUGUUUUAUAAGUUUCAAAACUUAGUUUUAAAUAAAUAUUUUAUGAUUAUUUUAUUUUAUUAUUCUUUAAGAUUUGUCUUAUAAUCAUCUUAUUUAAAAAUGUGUCCUGUUUUUUUUUAUAUUAUGCUUAUUAUUAUAAUGCAUAAUUUGUUUUGUUUAUGUAAUAUUUUUAUUGAUUUUUGUAAAUCAACAUUAAAUAUAUUAAUAAAUGUUUUUUUUCAUGAUAUUUUAAAAUGUACAAAAUAUUUACUUGCUUAUAAAUUAAUUUUUUUUAAAAAAUUGUUGAUAUUAAAAAUGUGACAAAUAUGUAAUUAAUUUUGCUUUUUUUUGCUCAAUGGUGUUUUAAAUAU